AUGAACUUGAUCACCAAGGCAGCGCGCUACGUUGCUGGAGCUGACCGUAAUCCGGCCACCUCUGGUGUUACAGAAGCGCUCGACCUGAUUAUACACCGGCUGCAUUGUGGGCGGUUUCCCUCUGAACGUCUCCAGUGUGUCGAGGUCCUGCUCCGACGGGUGACUGCGGCAGACGAUAAGGUCGCCGAGCUCUUAGAGCAGGCUGAUGCUGAUGCCUGUGACGAGGUCUCAGAAGCGCUGCGGGUCGCGCUGAGCCUCCGGGAAGAGUUGGUAACGAAGGGCGUGCCUCUUCUGGGAGCUAUCCUCGAGCAGGACAGGACGGAGUCUGAACUUAUCCAAAGUACGCUCGCUUUGCUACAACUGCUUCUCUGUGCGCCGACCGUGAGUCUUGCGGGCUCGCUCGAGGACAGCACGCAGGCCGCCUCUUCAGAGAGGCGUUCGCUCGUGCGACGUCGAAGCAAUACCAGCUGCCAAUCGAAGGAAGCCGUUGCGCCGUUGCACCGAAACGAAGACAUUUGGCGGAAGUGGAGUGCCGACACAGCGUCCACGAUACGCACCGCUGUGUCUAUGAUGCUCGGUGCCGCCAGUCCACCCGUCACCGCUUCCGAGCGAGCGGGACUGGGUCUUGUACCGUGCCUGCUCGACUUGCUCGCAGACGGUGACUACUCCGUUCGGCUUCAGGUGUCCGACUUGCUGACGCAUAUCGCGAGGCAUGCCCUGCCACCAUUACAGAAAGCCGUUCUUCGCUGCCCGCGAGGAGUCUCGCGAAUGAUGGAUUUACUGCGGGACCCGCGCGAGGUGGUACGAACCUACGGCCUCCGUCUCGUCAUGGAGCUCUCGCGCAACAGCGGGGAAAUCCAGAGAAUACUUGCUUUUGAAAAUAUUUUCGAACUUUUGUUCGAAAUGAUCGACAAGGCACGCUAUGAGGAAGUCAGUGUCCAUGUCGAUGAGCAGAGCGAUGAGGUUCAGAUAUCUCGGAGAUACGCACCUGCUGAAAACGGCGAUGCCGACGAUAACUCAGAAACAGAUGAUACGGAUGGCUUUCCAGCAUCCGGCCGCCCGCAGUCAGAGUCGCUAGCGAGAACAUCUGCAUCCGACGAGAGUCUACGACAGCAACAACAUGUACCGAUGGUGUUGGCGUCCACGUCAGACGUCAUGGACUUGGUCACGCGAGACUGUCUGAUUUUUAUGGAUAUUUUGCUGGAUGGUGAUCCGGCGAUCGCGACGCUCUUCGCCGAGGCUGGUUGCAUCCCAAAGCUCUGUCCGCUCUUGUUCCUGGCUGAUCAUCCAGCGAAAGCACUGCGACCCGUGCAAGUGGACAACCUGAUUUUGACGAUUGGUUUAGUCGAUCACUUGUCGCGCGCCGAGUCUACGAACAAGGAACCACGGACUCGAGCACUUUGUCUCCAUUACGGUGUUACAGAGAGCAUCGCGCGCUUGAUUUGUAGUGCUCGCAACGCGGACGCCGUCGUUGUCCAAGGUCUUCUGACUUUAGGCCGCCUGUCUCGAGAUCACGUCGCGACCCUAUCAUUCUUGCAUGGACUUUGGGUUGUUGUCGCUGAAGUCGAUGAUUCCAGCCAAGCACGUACCAGCCGGGCACCAAACGGGAAAGAGGUGCAUACGCUUUUUCUUGCAUUCGUGUUGGACAUGAUGACGGAGCACGCAUCACAGGAGCUGCGAGCAGCAGCGUUCUGCUUUCUUUCUAUGGUAUGGCUGGAAAGCGAAUCAGGCUUGUGCUGGUUCACCUGGAUGUUGGCAGACAAGCGUCAGACUUGUGGUGCCGUCGAUCCCGCCUCCAGUAAUCCGCACGCUUCCGAAGUAUUGAAGGACGUCGAAUCGAUCGAUGAACGCACUGCUCAUGCGCUCCAGCGCGUUGUCUCUGAACUGCUGGGUGUUGCUGUCGGCUGGCCCGAUGAAGCUGACCCAGCUGCUGUAUUGUACGCGUGCUCGCUGUUGGCGUCGUGGAUGGUACGCUGCUGUGCUCAGGGUUCAUCGGUGGCCGACCAGGACCCGCUGCUGAUGCCAGUAUCUAGAUAUCGUGUCGUCCUAGGUGCUGGUGCGCUCACGGGCGAAUGCUCAGCAGGUGAGCCUCUGUUUAUGAAGCUGCUGCGUACGUUGGGGCGUGCGGUGCGCGAAAACAGUCCUCCAUUAGUGCGACUAGCGCUGUUGCUGCUCCUGUGCUGUUGGCUGUAUGUUUCAGACAGAGCACGCCAAAAGUUCUUGUCCACACCGCUGAAUGUGCCGCUGCUGAUGGACCUGGUCUCAUCGUCGGGAAGCCGUGCUGAAGGUAUGCUCUUCGUGCAUAUCCGCGGCCUCGCAGCGCUGGCGAUCGCCGAGUGCAUGGAACUCGAGUGUGCAGAAGCGGAAUCGCUGGUGAUAUCGCCAAGAACCCUGGUCGGUAUUGUGCGGAAACGCAUUGGACUGAUGCGCUUUGCUUCUUACUUGGAUGAUGUGCGAGCGUCGGCAUACUUUGCAGCGGCGAUCACGGGCUCUCCUGGACUGCUGCUGGAACAACGCUUCGCGAGAGGCGUCUUGACGACCGAAUCCCGUCAAGGAUCUGGUCUAGUUGAAGAACUUGGACAUAUGUAUAUCUUUCCUCAAGAACUUGUCUCCAUUAUGGAGCCUGUAUAUGACUGCGUCCAAAAACGCCUUCUUCACGAGUAUGUGGAGCAAGAGGUUCCGCCUUCUGAUACCGAGAUGCAGGGCUCGACUCUCAAGUCCGCUGAGGUUGGGGUGAGUGCGUCACCUCGAAACGCAAAGGAGUUUGCGACGCCCGGCUCGUUAUCUAUCGAUAACCGGCACUUCGAUGACACCACAAACAAAUCAUCAAAUGAGAUUCGAGCCAUGCAGAUGCGAAUCCGAGAACUCGAGGAUAUGGUGGCUCAGCUCGACGAAUACAAAAGAAUGAUUCGAAAACAAGACGAGGCGCUGUUGGCAUCCAAAGAAGAAGUUGAAAUGCUCCGCAGGAGCCUUCGUGAGAGUCAGGAUUAUGCAGAUUCGCUUCUGCGCGGCUCAGAGUCGCGUUUUAGGGAGGAACUGAGGCUCGUUCGUGACCAGUUAACUGAGCGCGAGGAUUUGGUACGGCGACUAACGGAACAGGUGGCGUCGCUGGAGCAGGCAUUACAGAGCCGCCAGCGCGAUGUGGAGUCGAUAUCGAAAGCGUGCGAAGCGCUCGCCCUAGAGAACGAGCAACUGAGGAACGCUGGUGCACACGUCGAUGACGGGUCGAGCGUUCUGCCAGCACAGCACGUGCAUAGUGGAGUUUUCCGCGAUCCCGCGGAGCGAACGACUGCGGAUCAUUUCCGAAGCAACGAAGCGCACGCGUACAUCGACGAGACGUCAGAGUCGUCAGCAUGCGAUAUCACUGAUGUCAGGAUAUUGGAACGCGCACUCGCCGAAGAACGGCAGAAGAAUGAGCGGUUGAUGAUUCUCCUGAACCAGUUCGAGGAUGCAGAGCGAGGCGAGGAUAGCGCAUCGGAACUCGUGCGAAUCGAGAAUGCGCACUUGCGAGAGCGGUUGCGAGCGCUCGAGGACUACAUCCAGUCCCAAAAUCGUACGAAUACUGGGGCUGACGGGGCACCCUCAGAUGCAGUGAUCGAAAGUGCCGCUGAAGACGCUAGCGGCAGCGGCUCCGCAAGUCCGCGCUAUCCUGCGAGUGAGGCACCGCCUCUGCGUUCUUCGAGCGAGGAUCGAUUCGCUACCGUACUGCGAGCAGAUACAUCGUUCGACCCUGCUAUCGACGCAGGCUCCCGAGAGCAACGUAUCGCGGACCUCGAAACCCAACUUGUUUCACUGCAGAAAAUGUUGGAACGAUCCGAAGAAGAUGCCUAUGAAACACAGCAAAUCCUUGAAGAACAGGUUAUUCGACUUGAACAGGAACGUGAUACGCUGCGCACGGAACUGGCGUCGUUGCGUUCAGCGGCAGAGCGGGUGACGACGCACGACCAGCACCAGCGACCUGACGUGGCCUCGACGGGCACGCAAACAGAUGUGCUUGCCGCUCUGCAGCCCAGUGAAUCGGAGCUCGAGGCAGCGUCUCGUGUGAGCGGUGAACGAGCAGCCCAAGUCGCAUCAAUGGUGGUAUCUGGGCGUGUGCCGAGUGCUGAUCAACCUCCAGAUGCACUCAUCGAUCGUUGGGUAACAGGGGACAGUUUGCGGUGCGAGGUUGCACCGGCGAAUGCGCUCGCUGCUGGUACGACAGCAAGUGGGCGUCUCAGCAUCGCCCUCGAUGCCCUGCACAACCUGUCCAAUCGCUUCGAUGGAGACCUAGUCCAUGUGUUGGCCUCGUUGCGCUCCAUGGAGGCUCGCGUGGAUACAUUGUGUACCCGCAUCUGGCGGUGUAGCGCAAUCCUGCCAGCACAUAUCCCGCGUGGCAGCGAUGCAUCUGUGGUGCUGUCCGGGAGUGCAGAAGCGAAGAUGACGCUGCAGCGCACGACGGUCGGUGCCUGCACUGCACCAGAGGUAGGGACGUGUGUUGCGCCCUUGGAGGCGCUUCCCGAACUAUUCGCUUAUGCCUUGCGAAAGAAUCAGGCAAUCGCUCGGGAGCGUGCUGCUGGUUAUGGUGCGUUCAGGGUAGAGGUUUUGAUACUGGAAGAGAUACUGAUUAAAGGGCUUGCGCUGGGUGCGCUCAAGGACGCUGCGGUGAAACUGUUUGGAUAUCUGAAGCCUGGGUAUGCCGAGGCAGGGCCUGUCUCGCAUGCUGUUGGAUCCUGGCAGCGUUUAGAGGAUGCAUUUGCGGAAUUGCGUCGGUCUGAAACGCAACUCGCAGAACUCGAAACCCAGUAUCGAAGCGUCUGUGACGAGCGAGACAGGCUUCGGAGCGAAUGCGCGUCUCUCGGGCAUGCGGUAGCAGCCCAGCAAGCAGCGCAAACGCAACUCGCAGAACUCGAAACCCAAUAUCGAAACGUCUGUGACGAACGAGACAGGCUUCGGAGCGAAUGCGCGUCUCUCGGGCAUGCGGUAGCAGCCCAGCAAGCAGCGCAAACGCAACUCGCAGAACUCGAAACCCAAUAUCGAAACGUCUGUGACGAACGAGACUCUCUGCUGGAGCAUGCAAGUCGUCUCGAAAGUGUUCAGGAAACAUGCACAAAUCUGAAAUCCGAACUGGAUGCUCACGUACAUGAGAAGGCGUUGUUGAACUCGCGUAUCCGGUCUCUGGAGGAAGAUCUAGCGCAGGUUUCCCACAGCUUCACUGUGCUCAGAGAGCAGCAUGCAGACUGCGACGGACAAACUGCAGAGCUACAGAGACUCGAGGAGCUGGUGCAGCUCUACCAGACUCGCAUCGAGGAAUACGAAGAAGCGUUGACUGCGGCUACCAGAGACCGCCGCCGGCUCGAGGAUCUGGAGGAUUCCAUGCGAACGAUCACGCGAAGGUGCGAAGAGCUUGAGAGUGAACGACGGGAGUUGGAAAUCUCUUUAGAACAGGCCCAGGCGGAUAGGGAGAAACUUGCUGAACUGGAAGCGAGAAAUCGCGAGCUCGAAUCCAAAAGCGAAACGCGCGAUGCUGAAUUGGAGGAACUUAGCGCUCAGGUUUUACUCUUGCAAGAAACGCUUGCAUCUCGAGAAGACCAAGUACAGCACCUACAGAGUCAAGUGCAGAACUUGCAAAAUGCCCUCGGCCUGGAGCGUGAAGAAGCACUGGCGGCGGAAAAGCAGUACGAGGAAAUCAGCCACGAACUGCAAUCGCAGCUGGACCGAGUACUCGCGGAGCACGCCGAGACUCAGCUUGCGCACGAUGAGUGCGUAGCGGAGCUUCACCAGACCAACCAGAGACUGGCUACCGCUGAGGAGCAACAGGAAGCACUCUGUGCUCGCAUCCAUAUGAUCGAAGCGGAGCAUCAUCGAUGGAGACGAGCGCUUACGGAUCAGAUCACUGGAGUGAUAGACGCGACCGCAUCCGAGGUCAGUGCAUGUGCGUCGACCGUUCACUUCUGGAGGGAUAAGCAAUUCGCCAUAAUCGACCGGCAGCUUGAUAUGCUCACUGAUCAGCAGGCAACAUUGCAAGAAUGUGAACUUGAGUUUGACAACCUCCAGGCGCAAAUCCGCGCUGUCAUCCUAUCAGCUGGUGCUACGGGUACCGAACAAGUCGCAGACUCGGAGGCGAGGCGCAACGAGCGCUCACCGCAGCCAGUUCCUGCGGUGCUAGCGAUGCAUGGUGAGCACGACCCCGAUGAUAACGAUGGCGAUGACGAUCAUGAUGAUGAUGAUGAUCACGCCGAGUCAGCGAUCAGGGCUGACAAAGCGUUCGCUGGAGAGCAGCAUACCCAUCAAGUACAACUUGUCCGCGAUGCCUAUGAACGGCAGUUAGCUGAACUUGAAUCUAGGCACGAGGCCAGUAUGCGUGAAAUGAUGCGGGUCCAUGAACAAGUCCUCCAGGAACUCGAGGAAGAGAUCGAACACCUGCGCACGAUUGCGCUUGCGUCAUCGCACAAGCGCGCGUUCGACGAAGCAUCAGCGCCAGAAACAACCCAGUACCGAGCAAGUCCCGAAAACGAUUCCAGCGCUUCAUAUGAUGUGGACGGCCCAGCAGCGGAUCCAGCGUCCGUCGAUGCGCUACAGCGCUCUCUCGUGAAAGAACGCAUGGCGAGCGGCGAUCUUCGCCAAGAGAACAUUCGUCUUCAGACCUGUAUCAGCGCCCUACGCGCACGCUUGGCAGCAUGGGAGCACGCCCAGCAUCCAAAUGCCUCUGGAACUCGUGCCAGCGUGCUUGCUGGGACACCCAACGACGACGACGACGACGACGACGACAACGGCGACGACCAGGUAUCUUCACGAGAAGCGCUCACCGACACGAACCUGCCCCGACUGGAGCCAGCGCAUCCAUCCGACGAUACCAGAGGGAGCCACAGCCAGCAUAUGGAGACGGCGGCAGAGUUGCCAAGCAGUGCAGCUGCACAGCGCGACCUCAUCGCGCAACUAGAGAAACAGAUCGAGGAACUCAUUGCCCGCGAGUCACGACUUGCCAGCGCAGUCGAAAUGGUGCACGAUGAGAACAUGUUGCUGCGCAAGCAACUCGCCGAGCAGCACCACCACGACAAGCGGGCGCAACCACAGCAACCCUGGCGAGCAACGCACGUCAACGAGCUGGACGCAUCCGGUGCUGACAGCUCGCAGCACGCCUGGUUGCCGUCGUCAGCUUUCGCAACAGCAUCAGCAGCAGUACCAGCAACAGGUGCGGCAGUGGUGAAAGCGCAGGAGCAAGAGCAGGACGCCACACAAGUCCACGUGGAUCCGCGCGCUGCGGACAUGGAGGCGGAGCUUUGGCGUCUUCGAGAAGAACACAACGAGCUCCUUAUCUGCCUCGCAGAAAUGGAAAUGGAAUGCAACGCCUACAAGGAGCGCUUACGCAAGCUUCUCCAACCAUAA